AUGGCCACGAUCAAGUUCGAGCCUUUCACGUUAGAAGGCCAACAAAAAAGCCCUAAUACCGGUCUUCCCUUCCCCCUCGCCCUCAAAACAAAGGAUAACUGGAGCCCAACUGUCCAAGAAGCAGUGAUCGCGAUACAAGAGCUUCGCUCAGAAAACAAAAUUCUCGAUCUUGUCCAACAACAUGGCGGCGCAAUUCUCAUUCGUGGCCUGCCGAUCAAGACGCCGGAUGAUUAUAGCAAGAUAGCGCAUGCGUUUGGCUUCAAGGCUCAUGAAGAAGUGGGCAGGCCACCGCUUCGUACUGCCUUAGCACCGAAUAUUAAGACUGCGAAUGAGGGUCCACCGGAACUCCCAAUCUGGCCGCAUAAUGAAUAUGGAUGGUCGACCAUCAAUCCCGCAUGGAUCAUGUUCUCGGCUCUAAAGACACCCAACUCAGGCGGCCAAACCCCUAUAAACUCAAGCAUCGACCUUGCAGCCGCAAUUCAAUACCAAGCCCCUGAAUUCUACCAAAAACUGCUCGUCAAGGGCGUAAAAUACGUAUAUCGCUACAGUGUCAAAGAAGUCAAGUCUAACACCGGGACAAGUCUAUUCGAUGCAUAUGGACAAAAUGUUCUUCCUUCGGACAGCCCAGAAACGACUCGUCAGAAAGUCGAGGCUGAGGUGAGACGGCAUAGUAACCGUUUCGAGUGGCAUGAUGACGGAUCGAUUAGUGUUACCCAUAUCGUUCCUGUAAUUCGAAAACACCAACCAACCGGCCUAACAACGUUCUUUGGCAACGUAACCAGCGCCUAUGGACGAAGCAAACACCACGGUGCUACAGAGCCUCCCUAUCUGGGUGACGAUGGCUCAUAUCAUCCCCUACCAACAUACGGAGACGGAACACCUAUUGAGAAUAAAUACCUUGACUUGGCGCUUUCGUUGGCGGAAUCAUCGCAAUUUCUGCUGACUUGGCAGGAGGGUGAUAUUGUGUUACUUGAUAACUAUGCAGUUAUGCACUCUCGAUCUCCCUGGACGGGCCAGAGGACUGUUUUGGCAGCGUUGUGGGAUGAAGAUGGAAGAAUUGAUGACUUUGAGGAAGGGAAAGAAAUUUUGAAGUCGAGUCCUAGAGUUCCUCCAGUUUCUUAG